AUCGCCUGUCCUUUAACUGAUGAUGGAAGCUCAAAACUAGCAGAGCGGAUUCACGACCUGAUCAACAGGCCUCCGGGGCUCCCCAGCCCUCAUCCCACAGUCUCAGCCUGGCAGGAGCCACCUCACCCGACUGUUGGGAGCACACAGUCAGCUAUGCUGCCCACUGAAGUCGACAUUGUCAUCAUUGGCUCUGGAGUGACCGGCUGCGGAGUGGCACAUACGCUUCUGAAUCAUCCCGAUGCAUCGCAGCUCCGAGUUACUAUGUUAGAGGCUCGCAAUGCAGUCAGUGGAGCCACGGGUCGUAACGGAGGCCAUCUGGUUUCCAACGCAGGCGAGGUUUUCCCGGUGCUGGUUGAGGCGUUGGGAAUGGAGGAGGCGAUGAGCGUGGCCCAUCUCAGCGAGAGAACUAUCGCUCGACUUAAGGAAGUAGUUGCCGGUCUGAGCGAAAAGGAUCAGGCCGCGACUGAAUUGCGAUCUGUAAUUAGUACCAUUGCGUUCGACAACAACGAAGGCUUUGAAGCGGCCAAACAUGCGAUUGAAUACCUCCAGGUCAGUGCGGCCAAGUCGACCGACGCAUUACCAGAGAAGAUCAUCCCCACGACACAUGCAACGAAGGAAUGGAGAUACAGUCGCAAUACCGUUGGUGCAGCCCAACAGACCGGUUCGGCUGCUCUGUGGCCAUACCGGCUAUUUACAGCGCUGUAUCAAAUUCUUAUCGAGAAAAGUGACGGUCGCUUUUCAUUGGAGACUAACACGCCAGUGACUUCAAUCAAUCACGAUCCAAGUGCUGCAAACGCAGCUUACACCCUGCAGACACCGCGAGGGUCAAUGCGUGCGCGCCAUGUCAUCCACUGCACGAACGGCCAUAUGAGUCACUUGGUCCCGGGGCUGGUAGGGAAGCUGUGGCCGAUAAGAGGUACCAUGUCUCGUCAGAAACUGGGCCCAUCUUUCCCACUGCUCGGAAAUGAAGUUUCAUGGACUUGGCGCAAUAGGCCAAGUUUUGAUCCGUCAACAAAUGUCGUCAACAUCGGCCUAUACUAUGCUCAGCAAAAUGUCAAAACAGGGGAUUUGUGGAUUGGUGGCGAGAAACAGUCCAUCGAAGACUUGCUGAAUAAUGAUGACUCGGUUGUCUCUGAACAAGCCAAAGACAACCUUGCCUCGAUUGUGCCUGAGAUACUGCAGGGUGUUGAGCCAGUUGAAAUGAUUCGCAUCUGGUCCGGCAUCAUGGGCCUCACCGCGGACGGGCUGCCAUUGGUUGGCCAAUUACCGGCGUCUUUGACAGGGCGCUCAGGCAAUAGUGAGUGGGUAGCGGGUGGAUACAAUGGCCACGGUAUGGAUAAGGCCUGGUCAUGCGGCGAGGCAAUUGCUCGAAUGGUGUUGGGGGAGGAAGCGCCAUCAUGGAUGCCCAAAUCCUUCUUGUUGAGUGACAACCGCCUGGCCGAGUUUGCGAAGGACGACCAGAGCCUGCCGCACAAAAUCAUGGGCAACUUUGGUAUCGCACUCUAG